AUUCUUGUAAUUAAGUUUGAGCUACCAAUUAGCAAAAUUCUACAAGCUAAAAUAAACUGCAAACUUAAGCUAUAUUGCAUGAUUUUAAAUAAAUUGCAAUCUGACAAAGCUCAGUUACAUCAGAAUAAUAUUAAAAUAUCUAAUUUAGAUAGUGAAAAUAAUCAGAGUUUUUUCAAAGAUACAGAAGAAUUUUUAAAAAAUAUAGAAAUAGAGGAAUUUUUGGAUAAGGAAUUAGAUAAUGAACUUAUAG